GGCGCUUCAGCAAGGAAUUGCCUUAUUUGAGUUUUCUCUGCACAAACGUAGCCUUCUCAAGCCACCACCCGCCUUCAAUGGCUACCAUCGCUGCGUCGCGCAUUGCUGCGCUGAAUCGCCUAAGAUGUUCCAUAUUCCAAACAUCCUAUAACCCACAGUCUAUCCGAACCGGUGCCAAGUACCUUCGUGCACGUCUCAAAGGUCCAUCCAUGAUCAACUACUACCCACCGGAAGUCAAUAUGGCUACAUUCGUGAAGGGUUUCCCAGAUGAGGGUUUUGUGGAUUUGGAUGAAGAGCAGCGACUACAGGAUGUCAUUGACAAGAAAAAGAGAGGAAAGGGUGCGCCGAAGAAGGCCAAAACGCCAGAGGAGAGUCGACGGAACAAGAAGCGACGAUAGCCAACGUCGCCGAUUGCUACAUUU